AUGGGCUUUCUUUGCAAAGAAGAGCUAGGUUAUGAUAAAAUCAUUUUCAUCUAUGAUUUUUGUUCAGGGAGAUGGAAGAGAGGUGCUGACCUUCCUGACAACAGAUAUCUUUUUGGGUGUUUGGUGGACUCUACUAAAAGACUGAUUUACAUUGCUGGAGGGUCUGACAACAAUGAUCAAAUUCUGUUGACAGCAGCAGUUUAUAGUAUAGAGAAACACAAAUGGGAAUAUCUUCCUCCCAUAAUUUGGGGUGACUAUGCCUGCCACUGUGUGUUUGAUGAUAACAAGUUAUAUGUGAUGAAUCGACAUAUUAUUGGGGGAUUUGUGCAAUGUUAUGAUCCCAACACCCGACUAUGGAGAGGCAUGACAGGUUUCCAUGGCUUUACCUAUCCUAAUCUCAGAGUUGGCUCUACUUGUCACACUUUAACUGCAUUUGGACGGUUAUUCUAUUCUUGCAAAGGGAAAGUUAUAGAGUUUGAUAAGGUGGAAAAUCGGUUCCAUUUAGUAGGAACACAAUGUCCUCAGUUCUUCAUUGUUAAUGGUAUGACAAUGUGGCAUGGCCAGAUAGUUAUAUGUGGAAGAAUCACGGGAGGUGGCACGGCCUUUUUAUCUGUUUGA